AUGAAGCUACCGCUCGAGCUCCUCCUCUGCAUAGCGAAUGCGCUCGCAGCACCCCUCGCCCCGCGCUCCGCAACACUGCCACACCUCCACGGCCUCACGCCCCUAUCGCACGACCUCUCCACAACCAACUCGCGCCACCCGGAGAAAUACUUCCACGAAUCCUUCUACCACCCACACUACGAUGGCCGCUUCGCCGCCUCGGUGCUGCCCCGCCCGACGCGCGCCUUCCACAUGCGCCUCCUGCUGCGGUCGUACGUGCACGCGAUGCGGCGGGCGGGCGUGCGCACGUGGAUCAUGCACGGGAGUCUGCUGGGAUGGUGGUGGAACGGGUCCAUGUUCCCGUGGGACAGCGAUUUGGACUUCUGCGUCGAGGAGGGCGGGAUGCACGAGCUGGGGAGCUGGUGGAACAUGACAGUCCACCCCUUCACCGCUGCGGAGCUAGGGCUGCGCGAAGGCACCUCAGACCCGUAUGCUCGCCACCACCGGACUCGGGCCGGCGGUAGCACGACGCAGCAUCAGAUGGACGGGGGGGAGGGAGAAGACGUGCAAAAGCCCGACGACCUGGCGGACGGCGUGUGGACCACGGUGCUGCAGCAGGGGAAAAAGUACUUACUCGAAGUCAACCCACACUACACCGACGCCUCGACAUCAGACAAACACAACGUCAUAGACGCCCGCUGGAUCGACACUUCCACUGGCCUGUUCAUCGACAUCACCACCAUCCACCCCGUCCCCUCGUCCAUCCAACCCUCCACCCAGCACCACAUCUCCCUUUCCCCCGGCGCCGCAACGCCAGCCGCGCGUUCGCAGCCCCCGACCGACAUGUACACCAAGGACACGCACUUGUACUCGACAGCCAGCCUCUUCCCGCUGCGCCGCAGCGUCUUCGAAGGCGCGCCUGUGUUUGUGCCGUACGCGUACGAGACGCUGCUGCGGGAAGAGUACGGCCCGCGCGCGCUGACCGAGACGUGGUACAACAGCUAUGAGUUUCAGCGGGAGACGAGGGAGUGGGUCGUUGCGCCCGAUGUGAGUAGUGCGAAUAGGCCGAGUGGGGGGAGGGGGAGAGGGGAUCGUGAGGAUGCGGCGGGGCGGUUUGGGAAGGUGGGGAAGCACAGGGAGAUGAUGGGCGAUAAGCAGUGA